GAGCGGAGCUGAGGAGCUCUGGGGAAUCUCAAAGUUUGUGUCUGGAGCAGUAGUGGAAAGUGAGCUUAUUGGGAAGGGCUUUUCUUGGGAUGAGUACUGAUCUCCUGCCUUUAUUUUGGAUACACACCCUGCUCUGUUCUCCUCAGCCUUCGGUCUGAUCUCUAGACAGUCUGUCUCCUCUGGGGAUUCUCAGAUCCCCGAGGACUCUGGACCGGAGCCCUUGGCAAUUCUCUCUCAGGCAGAGGAGCGAACGUUUUCCUUCCUAAGUGCAUAAGCUACACGCAUACGCACACACACACACACACACACUCACGCAGAGGCGGAUCUCGCCCUCCGAGGCCGCCCUACCCGCUCCCCUCCUGCCCUCAGCAUCCUCGGCCCAGCGCGCCUCGGACCACCAUGGAGGUGCUGGAGAGCGGGGAGCAGAGCGUCCUGCAGUGGGACCGCAAGCUGAGCGAGCUGUCAGAGCCCGGGGAAACCGAGGCUCUCAUGUAUCACACGCACUUCUCGGAGCUGCUGGAUGAGUUUUCCCAGAACGUCUUGGGCCAGCUCCUGAACGACCCUUUCCUCUCAGAGAAGAGUGUGUCGAUGGAGGUAGAGCCGUCCCCAACGUCCCCGGCGCCUCUCAUUCAGGCUGAGCACAGCUACUCCCUGUGUGAGGAGCCUCGGGCCCAGUCACCGUUUGCCCACGUCACCGCCAGUGACAGCUUCAACGAUGAUGAAGUGGAGAGUGAGAAAUGGUACCUGUCUACAGACUUUCCAUCAACAACCAUUAAGACAGAGCCAAUCACGGACGAGCCGCCCUCAGGACUAGUUCCGUCUGUCACCCUGACCAUCACUGCCAUCUCCACCCCUUUUGAAAAGGAGGAACCUUCUCUGGAAAUGAACGCUGGGGUUGAUUCCUCGUGCCAGACAGUUAUUCCUAAGAUUAAGCUGGAGCCUCAUGAAGUGGAUCAGUUCCUAAACUUCUCUCCUAAGGAAGCCUCCGUGGACCACCUGCACUUACCGCCCACCCCUCCCAGCAGCCACAACAGCGACUCAGAGGGCAGCCUGAGCCCCAGCCCGCGCCUGCACCCCUUUGGCCUGCCGCAGACCCACAGCCCCGCCAGGACCCCAGCGCGGGCCCCCUCGGCACUUGCCAGCUCCCCACUCCUCACCGCACCGCACAAGCUGCAGGGAUCAGGCCCCCUGGUCCUGACGGAGGAGGAGAAGAGGACCCUGAUUGCCGAGGGCUACCCCAUCCCCACCAAGUUGCCCCUGACAAAAUCAGAGGAGAAGGCCCUGAAGAAAAUCCGGAGGAAAAUCAAGAAUAAGAUCUCUGCCCAGGAAAGUAGGAGGAAGAAGAAGGAAUACAUGGACAGCUUGGAGAAAAAGGUGGAGUCUUGUUCAACGGAGAACUCGGAGCUUCGGAAGAAGGUGGAGGUUCUGGAGAACACCAACAGAACUCUCCUGCAGCAGCUGCAGAAGCUUCAGACUUUGGUGAUGGGCAAGGUUUCUCGCACCUGCAAGCUGGCUGGCACGCAGACUGGCACCUGCCUCAUGGUUGUCGUGUUAUGCUUUGCCGUUGCAUUUGGCACCUUCUUUCAGGGCUAUGGGCCCUAUCCUUCUGCCACCAAGAUGGCCCUGCCCAACCAGCAUUCCAUGCAGGAGCCCUACACAGCCUCCAUUGUGAGAUCCAGGAACCUGCUGAUCUAUGAGGAACAUUCUCCCCUGGAGGAGCCGUCCAGUUCGGCCUCGGCUGGGGAGCUUGGGCGCUGGGACGGAGGUUCCUCCCUGCUCAGGGCAUCAGGGCUGGAGUCCAGGCCUGACGUGGAUCUUCCCCAUUUCAUUAUAUCAAAUGAGACCAGCCUGGAGAAGUCAGUGCUGUUGGAGCUGCAGCAGCGCUUGGUCAGCACCAAACUGGAGGGGAAUGAAACACUAAAAGUUGUAGAACUCGACAGAAGAGUGAACGCCACCUUUUAAAGAGACCGUCGCCACCUCCCUCUAUCUCCUCGCUCUGCCUUUAUGUCUCCAAACUGCCUUUGUCAUAAGCUUUUCCUUUUUGCCACCCGAUCUUGACCGAAGACCUGGACGUGCAGUCAUGGCUUUGGAUGUGAGGAUAGCCUGGGAUUUCCACCCACGGUGAGAGAGCGCCUCCCCCGGUCCCACGUCCCUCCCUGCAGAAGGGAGCCCGCUUCUCUCCCUCCCUGUUGCUUACUGCCGUAGGAAAUUAUCUUAGGUUCAGGGGUGGCAGGAGCAGGCUUGUUUCUACCGACAGUGCCUGCUUCUCACCGGGGUGGGUGUGACCGCCUCUUUGAAGAAGAGCUGACUCUUGUUCAUUCGAGACCCCGACUCGAGCCACAGAAAUACCAGGAUGCCUGUUGGAAUCUGGCAAAGCACCGACUGACGUCCUGCCUUGCUCAGCCUGGGUCUCUCCUGCCGCUCUGCGCUGAGCCCCCGCUGACUUGUCCUCCGGCACUGGAGCUGGAGCGAGGCGUCCCCUUCGUACUCUCAGGCCGCAAGUGCAAUGCCUGAAGGAAUCAGGCUUUUCUACUCCAGGCAAACCUGCCCCAUCAUGUUGCUUGUAGGAUUUCUCCACAGUCUGUGUCCCCACACGCCCCUAGUUCUGCCUCCUUGGCUUCUCCUCCCCAUUUGUAAAUAGUAUUUAUUAGCUUGCUGAGGCUCCCCCGGGCAACCACACUGAAGACAUCCGGAUGCCUCCCUCCAAGCUAGCAAAGUCUUCUGUUGGCCUUUGGAGCGAGGAGGGCACCCUAGGCUCUGGGAUCCCCCAUCCUUCCAGGCCAUGUUCUGCUUUCUUUUCUUCUUUUUUGCUGGAGCCCAAUAAUUAUAGUUGAGAAAUCUCCCUAAGCAUGAGUCCUCCUGUAGAAUGAGCUCAGAGGGAAAGAUGGAGCAGUGCCUUGCUCAGGUCUGGGGCUCUGUGGAUAGAUGCUUUUUCUGUCCCUUACCCAUAACAGGGAAGGGAAGCCCUGUCCCUGCCAGCAGGCGUCUCAGACAACCCUGCUAGCUUGUCUUUCUCCACCUCCCCUGACACUUCUGCUUUCCCCCUCCUCUUCUGCCUCAACACAGGAGGUGAGCCUGAGGCCUGUUCCUGGGGUCAGAGUAGGUGACAUUUGUGUAUCCACAGUCUUACCUUUUAUAGUCAGGUUUGGCUACUUCGCAGCUCACCCAAAGAGACGCGACCUAAUCCCCCAUCCUACUCUUACUUUUUUUUAAUGAUUGAAAGUAACUUUUGUAG